GUGGCCUUUUUGCCAGUUUCACUUUCCCUUUUUGGAUGAUUUGAGGAUUCCGUGAACCAAACGAGGCCUAAUUCGAACAAUCGUCAGUUCCUUCACUCCUGACUACCUCCGCGCCCAUGGAUUUAUUCAGGAAUGCGAUAGUGAAUCCUGGCCCGCCUGAAGAUUUUGCCCUUCAGACAGUGCAAGAAGCUAUAAAACCUCAGAAGCAAACAAAAUUAGCUCAAGAUGAGAAUCAAUUGCUGGAAAACAUUUUGCGCACGCUACUGCAGGAAUUAGUGUCAGCUGCAGUUCAGUCAGGGGAGAAAGUCAUGCAGUAUGGGCAAUCUGUUGCUGAAGGGGAAAAUAGUCCUGGACAAAUUCCACGUCUUCUUGACAUUGUCCUUUAUCUUUGUGAGAAAGAACAUAUUGAAGGCGGCAUGAUUUUUCAGCUAUUGGAAGAUUUGACCGAAAUGUCCACUAUGAGAAAUUGUGAAGACAUCUUCGGGUACAUAGAGAGCAAACAAGAAAUAUUAGGGAAGCCAGAAUUGUUUGCUCGAGGAAAGCUUGUUAUGUUAAGAACAUGCAAUCAGCUUCUCCGGCGACUGUCAAAGGCAAAUGAUGUGGUGUUCUGUGGACGAAUAAUUAUGUUUCUGGCUCAUUUCUUUCCAUUGUCUGAACGUUCUGCUGUUAAUAUCAAAGGAGUAUUUAAUACAUCAAAUGAGACAAAGUAUGAGACAGAGGCCCCUGAUGGUAUUUCUAUUGAUCUGAAUUUCUAUAAAACACUCUGGAGUUUACAGGAAUACUUUUCCAAUCCAGCUUCCUUGUCUGUAACACCAUCCAAAUGGCACAAGUUUAACUCUAGUUUAACGACUGUGUUGAGCACCUUUGAGGCUCAGCCUUUGAGUGACGACGAGGGCAAUGCCAUUAACCUUGAGGAUGAGGCAGCAAAUUUCAGCAUAAAAUAUCUGACAAGCCCUAAACUUAUGGGUCUAGAACUAAAGGAUCCAAAUUUUCGACGUCACAUUUUGGUUCAAUGCCUCAUUUUGUUUGAUUAUUUAAAGGCACCAGGAAAAAUUGAUAAAGAUUUGCCCUCUGAAACAAUGAAAGAAGAAAUUAAAAACUGUGAAGAAAGGGUCAAAAAGCUCCUUGACAUGACUCCACCUAGAGGCAAAGAAUUUCUCAAAAGUAUUGAGCAUAUAUUAGAACGUGAAAGGAACUGGGUAUGGUGGAAACGUGAUGGCUGCCCGCCAUUUGAGAAGCAACCACUAGAAAAGAAACUAACUCAAGAUGGUGUGAAAAAACGUCGUCCACGGUGGAGAUUAGGAAACAAAGAACUUUCUCAAUUGUGGAAAUGGGCAGACCAGAAUCCGAAUGCUUUAACUGAUCCUCAACGUGUGCGGACUCCUGCCAUCAGCGAGUACUGGAAACCCCUGGCUGAGGAUAUGGAUGAAUCUGCUGGAAUUGAAGCGGAAUAUCAUCACAAGAACAAUCGAGUUUACUGUUGGAAAGGGCUACGGUUCUCUGCUCGUCAAGACCUGGAGGGAUUUUCUAGAUUUACUGAACAUGGAAUUGAGGGUGUGGUACCCUUGGAACUGCUGCCACCUGAUGUGAGGUCCAAAUAUCAAGCUAAACCGAAUGACAGGUCCAAGCGUGCAAAAAAGGAAGAAACGAAAAGCACCAUUCAACCUGAAGAAAAUCAGAUUGCAGCAACCGAUAUCAAUGUUGAAGGAAGCAAAGCCAAUCUUGAAACAUCAGCAGCUCCACUAGAUACAGAUGACACCAUUGCAACAGCUAGUACUUCUCAGGGUGGAACGCCUGAUGAGAUUCAGAAGCAAAGCUCAGAGACUGAUGGUGGUCAUGAUGUACGGAUGGAAGCAGAUGCAGAUGGUGAAGCGGAUGCGGAAACAGGGAUGAUAGAUGGAGAGACAGAUGCAGAGGCUGAUUUAGAAGCAGUUAGCUAAGGAGCACUUGGAUCUUAAUUUCAUUGAUUACCGUCAUUUAAGCCGAAACCUUAGUGUAGUAGGGGAUUGGUUUACAGUUUUGGACUAGAUAACAAUAGCAGCCUAAUACAUAUUUUAAUUGCGGUUUUAUGUUCACGUUGCUCUAAAUAUGGAACCUGUUCUUUAGCAUUGGGCUCUCACUAGGGGAUCUUUUGCAGAGGUGUAAAUUGUCCAUUGAUCCUGGGAAACUCGUUCCCUUACGGUUGUACUUUGUUGUAAAUUACCAACAUUAAAUCUUCUGUAGUAAUAUUGUCCUUGUUUGUAGACA